AUGGCCUUGAGUGGAAACUGCAGGACUUACCUCCCUCCUAGAGAACAAGGGACAGUUGUGCAAUCUUUCCCAGAGGUAAUAGAACUGAACGUGGGUGGCCAGGUUUAUUUCACUCGCCUCUCAACUUUAAUAGGCAUUCCCCACUCCCUGCUUUGGAAAAUGUUCACCUCCAAGAGAGAGACGGUCAAUGAUCUAGCAAAGGAUUCCAAGGGAAGGAUUUUCAUCGACAGAGAUGGUUUCCUCUUCCGCUACAUUCUGGACUAUCUCAGGGACAAGCAGGUGGUCUUGCCUGACCACUUUCCAGAAAGAGGAAGGCUCAAGAGGGAAGCGGAGUACUUUCAGCUCCCAGACUUGGUCAAAAUUCUGACUCCUGAUGAGAUCAAGCAAAGCCCUGAUGACUAUUGCCAUAGUGACUAUGAGGAGGUUUCCCAAAGCAGUGACACAAGAAUAAGUGCCCCAUCAUCACUCUUACCUUCGGAUCGAAAGUGGGGCUUCAUUACCAUUGGCUACAGAGGGUCAUGCACCAUGGGCAGGGAGACCCAAGCAGAUGCCAAGUUCAGGAGAGUCCCGAGGAUUUUGGUUUGUGGAAGGAUUGCUUUAGUCAAAGAAGUUUUUGGAGAAAGUUUGAAUGAGAGCAGAGACCCAGACCGGGCUCCAGAUAGAUACACCUCCAGGUUCUAUCUGAAAUUUAGGCACCUGGAGAGGGCUUUUGACAUGUUGUCAGAAUGUGGAUUCCACAUGGUAGCAUGUAAUUCCUCGGUGACAGCUUCUUUUAUCAAUCAAUACACUGAUGACAAGGUGUGGUCCAGCUACACGGAAUAUGUCUUCUACCGUGAGCCUUCAAGAUGGUCUUCAUCACACUGUGACUGUUGCUGCAAAAAUGGAAAAGGAGAUAAAGAAGGAGAAAGUGGGACGUCCUGCAAUGAACUAUCCACCUCUAGCUGUGACAGCCAAUCAGAAGCCAGUUCCCCACAAGAGACUGUUAUCUGUGGCCCAGUCACCCGUCAGUCCAACAUACAGACUCUGGAUCGACCAGUCAAGAAAGGCCCAGUGCAGCUACUUCAGCAGUCUGAAAUCCGAAGGAAAAGUGACCUGCUCCGAACUCUGACUUCCGGCUCUAGGGAAUCCAACUCUAGUAAAAAAAAAGCGGUGAAAGAAAAGCUUUCUAUUGAGGAAGAAUUAGAAAAAUGCAUCCAGGAUUUCCUGAAAAUCAAAAUCCCAGACAGGUUUCCAGAAAGGAAACACCCUUGGCAAUCUGAACUAUUACGAAAGUAUCAUCUAUAG